UUGUCAACAGUUCACAAGCGUGCUCGCAUAACAGAGGUGUGUUCGAGUCCAUCGCCCGUUGAAGUCCCUCAGGAGACGAAAACCCCCUCACAGAGCCCGCCUCGCUCACCGGCGGACAGCGAGCUGAACGUAGAAGAGGAGCUCGAACAAUCAGAACCAUCGCUCACACCCGAGAACCUGUCUAUGAAGGAGAGGCAAGAAGUGAAAGAGGAGAAAUGGGACAAUGGAGCCAAGUACAGAAACAAACAGGAACAAACAGACUCCAGCGAGGACAGCGCGCCCUUACAGAAGUCACCCAUCGAUGUACUCAUCAAAGUAUUCCCGCGACGAAGCCGGCCAGAGAUAGAAGCGAUCCUCGCAAGAUGUAAAGGGGACGUGGUUGCGGCCAUGGAAAUGAUGGUGACCGGGCCCGAGCCUCCCUACCAUUUAACUCCUGAAUCUCCCGCCCAAUACAUGCAGUAUCAAUCCAAGUCAGCUUUCUCUCCUCUAUCCAAUCAGAGCUUCAAGUUCUCUCCUUCUAGAAGAUUCCUCACUCCUCCGUACAGCGGCACGGGCUACCUGCCUACAGUCAUCCGACCUCCUCCCGAGUAUCUCUCCUCCUUCCUCCCUCCCUCCGAGCUCAUGUACGGCCGACAGCUACAAGUUCCCUCCCCCGGAACUUCUCCCACAUCAGAUAACACCAACAACGAAGGUUUUUCCGACUAG